GGCGAGGAGUUCUACCUGGUGAAAUGGCGCGGUUACCCCGGCAGCGCCAACAGCUGGGAGCCCCGCAAGAACCUGCGCUGCCGAGGGCUGCUGAAACAGCUGCACCAGGACCUGGCGCGAGCGCCGGGGGGACCGGUGAGACCCGGCCCUCGAGGUUUGCCCUCCCGCGCCUCCUCGUACCUGGUGCAGAAAGCGGAGCAGCGGCAGGCGCUGCGGCGUUGGGAGCAGCACCUCAACAACACGCGCAGCCACCGCGGCCGCAUCGCCGUGGAAAACGAGGUGGACUUGCACGGCCCCCCCCGGGACUUCGUCUACAUCAACGAGUACAAAGUGGGGGCCGGCGUCCAGCUGACGCCCGUGGCCGUGGGCUGCGAAUGCAGCGAUUGCUUGGCAGAGGCGGCGGGCGGCUGCUGCCCCGGAGCGUCGCACAAUAAGUUUGCUUACAACGAAUCGGGCCAGGUGCGAAUCCGGGCCGGGCUGCCCAUCUACGAGUGCAACUCGAGGUGCCGCUGCGGCUCCGACUGCCCCAACCGCGUGGUGCAGAAGGGGAUCCGCUACGAUCUCUGCAUCUUCCGCACCGGCAAUGGACGCGGCUGGGGCGUGCGCACCUUGGAGCGCAUCCGCAAGAACAGCUUCGUGAUGGAGUACGUGGGGGAGGCCCUGGUUGCAGCGCUGCAGAUGGGGCCUCGCACGAGCAGAGCCAUGAGGGACGAUCGCCUCCCUGUCGCUGCCGAUGGAGCCCAGGAUCCCGUUUGCUUUCCGAGCCGCUGGCUCACAUUCAGUUGUUCACACAUCAGGAGCCCCAGGUCCACUGCUGUGCAGGGCUGCUCCUCACAGUCUGUAUUGGUGCCUGGGGUUCACCGCUGGUUGAUGGUGGCGAUGUGGUGAUGGCAAUGUGGUACUGAUGGUGAUGGUGAUGUGGUGGUGAUG